AACGGCUCUCGGCCAUGCAGCACAUCCUCAUGAACACGUCGCUGAAUUUAAAUGUCAUGUCAUUGUGGAGAUCAUUUCAUAUACAUUUUGAACAUACGUAGACAUUAAGUGUUCAUUAAGUUGUUUUCUACUUGAGCCUAGGAGUUCAGUGUCAGUUGAAUGUCAGGAGAGAAACACAAGUGUUAAAUACAUUUAACAGACCUAGUUAAAUGUAAAAUUCUUUCUUUAUUUCAUUCAUUACAGAGCUCUCCAUAUAGCGGUGGUAAAGGAGGAGAUGGCCAUCGUCUGCAAACUGAUCACCUUCAUGCUGUGGGCUCGCAGAGGCCUCGAUGUCUACAACAACCUCCGUCAGACUCCUCUUCAUCUGGCAGUGAUCACCCUGCAGGCAAACAUGGUGGAGGCUUUGUUGAGAGAGGGGGCCGACCCCUCUGCCUUGGACCGCAACGGCCAAACAGCCCUGCACCUCUGCUGCGAAUAUGACCAGCGUGACUGUCUGUCGGUCGUGCUCUCUCGCACCCCAUCCUCCGCGUGCCUGGAGAUGAGAAACUAUGAGGGUUUGAGCCCUCUCCAUCUGGCAGUGCUGCGAGACCAGAAGGAUUUGGCCAGAAUGCUGCUGGAUGCCGGCGCUGACAUCAAUGUUAUGGACAACAAAAGUGGCCAGAGUCCUCUCAUGCACGCGGUGGAGAGCAAUCACGCAGACAUGGUCCACUUCCUCAUUGAGAGUGGCUGUGAUGUCAACAGCCAGUCAUACAGUGGGAACACAGCCCUGCACAGCGCGUGUGGUCGAGGUCAGGUGGACACGGUGCGGCUGCUGCUGAAGAGCGGAGCUGACAGCAGCCUCAAGAACUACCAUAAUGACACCCCAGUGAUGGUGGCCAAGAACAAGAAAAUAACAGAUGUGUUACGAGGGAGAGGCUCCAACCAGAUAAGAGUACAGGAUCAACACAAUGUGUCUGUCUCAUCACAUGGCAGCAAUUUAACAGAAAAUGGGUCCCCAUCUUCCAACCACAGUCGUGGAUGUUCACCUUCGACUACACCACACACACCUUAUCAUAGCACCUCACAUUCUCCAAAGAUCCAUCUACCCUUGGAUUUCCAUUUUACUAGUUAAAGGUGUUGUUCAGUGCAACUUCCAACUACCUCCACACAGCCAACAAAUAAAGAGACUUCAGUGCCCAUAAGGGCAGUCAGGAGAAGGUUCAGCCAAUGGGAUGACAGACCAGCAAAUGAUUGCACCUGAAUUUAGACUUCCUUACAAGCUGGACUUCUUUUCCUGGACUCCAUGGUAAAAGACAGUCAAAGAUGGCGGCCCUCCUUGGGUUUCGAUGUCUGGACAGAGUGCGUACAGCCUCUCCGCUCAUCCAGCUGCUGUUUACCUCUAUAAUGACUGGGACUGAAAAUAUGUUGCAGUGAUAAGAUGGAUUUCUUCACAUGCAUCUACUCUGUGCAGCAACAGCAAUGUGCCACUGCAUGCCAUCAUGGCUGAACACAUAGGACAGCUUCGAAACUACAUGGAGAUGUCAGUCAAUGAUGGACAUGGGCCUAAGAUCAGUGAACUCAGAGGCCAUUUUUUAUAUACAUGACUGUUGAGAGAUGGCAGGAAAUGAAGGGCAAUAAAUACAAUAUUUUGACACCUUAAGUAUUAAACAAAAAUUGUACCAAUGCUGCUUACUAUAAGGCUUGACAAUGUAACUUGACCUGCUUAAUAUUGCAGAGUUAAAUUCAUUAUUUCUGCCAAUUCAACAAUCUAUGUCCAAAGCACCUUUCAGGUAUUAGUGUGUAUUUGUGCCUGAGCGCUUGUUGUUGUGUUUUUUUAUAUAAAAUGUGUCCAACAGA